CUAAAACAAAAGACUGCUUCUUCUCUUGAAUCAAAGAAAAAAAUAAUGUCACGAGUCCUCGUGGUUAUCAUCGUUCUUGUCUCCGCUUUGUCGGUUUCAGCGGCAGAGAAAGAGAAGAAAGGUGCUUAUGACGCGGCUUCAACGAACUACAAGGUGCUGUCACCACUUGGAUCGGGCCAAGAGCGAGUUCAAUGCUUGGCCAGAGGAUCCUGUAACCAGAAGAUCCUCACUUGUCCUAAGGAAUGCCCCGAAAGGAAACCGAAGAUGAACAAGAAGGAAAAAGCCUGUUUCAUCGACUGUAGCAGCAAGUGUGAAGUCACCUGCAAAUGGAGGAAAGCAAACUGCAAUGGGUAUGGUUCUUUGUGUUACGACCCGAGAUUUGUGGGAGGAGAUGGAGUAAUGUUCUAUUUCCACGGAAAUAAAGAUGGGAACUUUGCCAUCGUCUCUGACGAGAAUCUUCAAAUCAAUGCACAUUUCAUCGGUACAAGACCCGCUGGUAGAACCAGAGACUUCACAUGGGUUCAAGCCUUCUCAGUCAUGUUCGAUAGUCAGAACCUCGUCAUCGCGGCCAAGAAGGUUUCGUCUUGGGACGAUUCUAUAGACUCUCUCGUUGUGAGAUGGAAUGGAGAAGAAGUCGACGUCCCGACAGGAGGUGAAGCAGAGUGGAGAAUCAAUCUUGAAGAAAGGGAAGUUGUUGUUGAGAGAACAGAUGAGAGGAAUAACUUGAGAGUCACGGUUUCUGGGAUUGUUCAGAUGGAUAUUAAGGUUAGACCAAUUGGGAAAGAAGAAGAUAGAGUUCAUAACUAUCAGCUGCCUGAAGGUGAUGUUUUUGCUCAUCUAGAGACUCAGUUUAAGUUCUUUAACCUGAGUGAUCUCGUUGAGGGCGUUUUGGGGAAAACAUAUCGGCCUGGAUACGUUAGUCCGGUUAAGGUCGGAGUCCCGAUGCCGAUGAUGGGUGGAGAAGACAAUUAUCAGACUCCUUCUCUGUUCUCACCUCUCUGUAAUGUCUGUAGGUUCCAAGGCAAACCUGGUCCUGGUAUCGCUAAGUACUAAAAAUCUUCAAAGUUUUGUACGUUUUUAUUUAUCGAGUUGUGUUUAAAUUAAGGUUCUAAUUGUAGUGUUUUGUGUCUUUGUGUUUGUUAUCUGGAUCCAAUACAUAAUAAAAUGUAUUUCCUUAUGUUUACUCGUUUGGAUUUAUUGUUGCUUAUGCCACAAGAAACAUGUAAACCAAACAUAUGGGUUAAGAGUUAUAUUCUAGGGCUUAACUUAGAAACAAUUUAGUCGAGCUUCUGCUUCUUCUGCAAGUAAUUUUGCAUCCUCUGGAAUUUAAGAAUAGCCCAAACCAUAUGCCAGAGCCCUAACUCCGGCCAAAGAGCCGCCGUGGUAUGAAGGAGGGACCCUGAAGUCUGCCACGUCAUGAAGUUACUCAGCCGAUUUCGUCCUCCGGUUCUUAUUAGAAGAUCCGGAUCCGGAGCAAUCGUUGUAUACAUACACUCUUCAACAUCACUCACCUCCAAAACUAGAGGACCAUCUCCAUUAUCACACUUUCUCAAACAAGAUUCUCGAACAGCGUGAACAAUCUCGUGACUUGUGCUGUAAGCAACGCAAACCACAACCGUCAGACCUCUAUUGUCCUUGGUGACUUCCAUCAGUCUCUGCGCCGCGACCCUAAGAGGCUCGUUUAUGGAAUUCAUAUCACCGGCGAAGAUAACUCUCACGCCUUUUAGAUACCCGGAGUUAGCUUGAUCAAUCGAGAGCUCAACUUUCUCCAGCAUCAGAUCCAUCAUACACUUGACCUCUUGAGCUUCUCUCCUGAAAUUAUCGACAGCAAACGCGUAGAUUGUUACGUACGGUACACCAAUCUCUUUGCAGUACUGCAGGAUAUAUGUCACGGAUACGAAACCGGCUCUGUGUCCUGCGUCUAGGCCUUUAAGUUUGUGUUUCUUAGCGAAUCUGCGGUUCCCAUCCAUGAUGAAUGAGAUGUGAUUUGGGAUUGGACCGACGCAUAGAAUUCUGAAUAUGAAUCUCCUCAUUAGACCCAUUAAAGCGAUGAAGAUUUGAGUGAAUUCGCCUACUUCAUCUCGGGUAUUCAUCUCGGAAACCUGGAUUUUUGUGGUUAUAGGAAUGAAGAAUUCAAGAACAUUGUGGUUUUUUCUUGGUUUGUUGUGACUGAA